ACUCAAAUUUUUGAAAUGAAAAUUACACUAAAAUAAGUUUCAAAAAUACUGACAGAAGCAAAAUGUCGUCAGCAAAAAUAAGUGCAAAUUCCAAUUUAAAAUCCUUUGAAUCGUGCUUCGAAAACAUCAUACUUAGUCCAAUACAACGAAAACAUUUUCAAGAAAUUGGAAUCUGCCGAAUUGGUUCAGAUCUACUUAAGGCCGUAAAUUCCAUUCAACCAAUUGACUUUAAAAAAGCCCAAGAUGAAUUAGAAAUUUCAAAUGGUUUAUUUGGCUUAAGUUUAAAAAAUUUUUAUGAAAGACUAAGUGAAAAUGAAAAUAGUGCUUAUAUUGAUGUCUUGCUAAUGAAAUCCGAAGAUGAACUUAAACAUGCAAAAAUCUCUAUAAUUUUUGAAGAUCUUCAGAAUUUAUUAAAAGAUUUGUUUCUAGGAUAUACAAAAAUGAACAUGGAAACAGUUUUAAAUGAUAUUUCAAAUUCAGGAAAAUUAUUAUCUAUUGGUGGAACAAUUAUAAAUGAGUUUAAAAACAAUUCGAAACAUUUAAAAAAAAUACAAGAUAAACUAAAUGCUUUUAAUGUUCGAGAAACAAAUGCAAUUACUUACGCAAAUAAUCAAGUUUACGCAGUGCAAAAUGAUUGCGUUGAAACUGAACUUAUCUUGGAACCUAUUGAAUUCCGUUACAAAAUGGCUUACCAUCAGAGAACCACUGAACAAUCUUUACUUAAAGCCGAGCUUUAUGAAUCAGAUCUUCAAAAAACCCUUGACCAUAUUGAAAUGUCUUUUACUAAAGAUAAUACAGUAUCUGAAUCAAUUCAACUCAAACAAGGAAGGGACAUCGAAAUUUUAAAGUCAAGACUUGAAGAAAUGACAGAGAAAUAUAAUCGGGAAUAUGAAAUACUCGAUGGACAAAUAUCAUAUAAAAGAAAUGGAAUUGAUUUCAUGCGAGAUCAAUAUAAUGACUGCCUUGAAAAAUUAGAGUUUUAUAAAUCAGAUAUUGGUAGACUUAGGGAAUGGCAUGAUAUGUGGAUACGAAAGGAAAUAGAAGAAGCCCAUCAUAAAUUAAAAAAACCUACAACAAAGAUACAAAAAAAAUCUAAAAAGGGAAAGAAGAAAAAAUAAACUUAUUUUUUUUGUUUUAUAAAUUAAUAAACAUGCACAAUAAAACUCGCUUAAGAGAA